CCUUUCCUGUAUCUGUCUGUUCUGCAGGGAAAAGCUCAGUGCGGAAGAGGAUAAUGUAUUCGAGAGUAUUCAGUCAUGCAGAACCAACUCUGAGUGAUUAUUCAAAGCCAGAGAUGGAGAAAGACACUCCUGUCAGCCCCAAAUUUGGGGAAAUGUCAGAGGCAAGAAAAAUAGCCCCUCAUGUCCUCCAGGCUGGGAGUACUGGAGAAUUGCUGCAAAAGAGACUUGGACCCAAGAAUCAGCAAGCUGUGGAGGGUUCCCUAUCCCUUGAACAGUGGGAAACCCAGUGGCAGCAGUACCUCAGGACAAUGGAGAACCCUCCAUCUGGGUGGGGAAUGCCUCCCUUGCCAGAGAAACCUUCACCUUGGAAGGAUGCCAAGGCUUUUCUGGCCUCCUUUGAGCAAGUGGCUGAAGCCUGUCAGUGGCCGAAGGAAGAGUGGACGACCCGAAUCCUGCCAGCCCUCAGUGGAGAAGCCAACCGGGCCUUUUACAGUCUGGAUGUCCCAGAUAGAAAAGAUUAUGGAAAAGUGAAGGCAGCCAUCUUGCAAGGGGAUGCCCUGAGCCGGGAGAAGCAGCGUCAGCAGUUCCGGGGUUUCUGCUACCAGGAGGCUGAGGGACCACGGGGAGCAUAUAGUCAACUGCGAGAAAUGUGCCGUGGGUGGCUGAGAGUAGAGAACCACAGCAAGGAGCAGAUCCUGGAGCUCUUGAUCCUGGAACAGCUGCUGAGCAUCCUGCCCCCAGAGAUCCAGAGCUGUGUGAGGGAGAGUAGCCCUGAGAACUGUUUCCAGGUGGUGGCCCUGGCUGAGGAGUUCCUUUUGAGGCAGGAGAAGCAGGUACCCUUGGAGGAGGCAGCUGGGAACAUCUCCAAGGCAGACUGGGAUCUGUCUGAAAGUGAGCAGAGGCAUCCCUUGAUGGACAUCAAAGAAGAGGAGGGUGGAGAGGAUGGCCCGCUGGAAGCUGAAAGCCAACUCUUGCCCCUCGUUGCACCUAUCACAAAACUCCCUGGAUUUUACAAUUCAGAAGAUAAGCCAUUUAUCUGCUCAGAGAGUGGAAAGAGUUUCUCUGAUGGAAAAAAGGGCAACGCACACUUUCGAAAGCAUAGUAGUAUGAAGGCAUUGAAAUGCUUUCAGUGUGGAAAGUACUUCAGAUAUAAAUCUCAGCUCCUUGUGCACCUAGUAACCCACACAGGGGAGAAGCCUUUUGAAUGCUUAGCGUGUGGAAAGAAAUACAGUCAAUGUAGCAGUCUUCAACAGCAUCUAAGAACCCACACAGAGGAGAAACCCUUUGCAUGCUCGGAGUGUGGGAAAAGGUUCAAAUUCAAUGGCGACCUUCGUAAGCAUCAAAUAACUCACACAGGGGAGAAACAUUUUGAAUGCUCAGAGUGUGGAAAGAAAUUCAGUCAGAGUGGUAAUCUUCAGCGGCAUCUAAGAACACACAGAGGGGAGAAACCUUUUGGAUGCUCAGAGUGUGGGAAGAAAUUCAGUCAGAAUGGCCAUCUUCAGGAGCAUCAAAGAACCCACACAGGGGAGAAACCUUUUGAAUGCUCAGAGUGUGGAAAGAGCUUCAGUCGCUCUAGCCAUCUUCAGCAGCAUCAAACAAUGCACACAAGGAGAAACGUCAUGGCUGCUAAGCCUGUGACAAGAAUCCACACUGAAGCAAAACAGUAAAAACUGUUGGAAAGAGAUAUCUGCACAGAAACCUUACCAUAGCCAUAGAAAUGAUCAAAUAAAGAAGGUUCAUACGGAAGAAAUAGUAUAAGUGCUGGCAUCAUGGAGAGAGCUUUAGCCAUAAUGGAAACCUCAAAUAGAUCUCAGAGGGGAGAAAGCAAAUAUGAGUCGUGAGGGUAGGCGAUUCCAGACCAUAGCUGCCCUCCUCGUGAAAGAAACAUCAUAAAUGUCCAGAAUGUGGAAGAACUUAAGGCAGAGAUCAGAACUUCACGUUCCUCACAGAAUACACACAAGGGUAAAACUUUUGGCUUAAACUGCUCUGGAUUUUUUUUUUUGCUUGCCCAUUAGCAGUGGGCUCAGGCAGGUGUGAGAUUUUCAGGGUCUCGCUAAUGGGAUUAAUUCAGAUUCAAAGAAAAAAAUUCACUAAGUUUUAAGAUUCCCAGAACAGCAUCCAGUAUUCUCAGUUGGGUGGAUAUCCUUGGAGUUUAUAAAUGGACGUUUUGAAAGGUGAAUCUCCCUUGAUUAUCACAAAUCAGCAUCAGGAAAUAGAAGUCAAGUGCCCUUUUCUGUGUUUUGUGGGGGUUUGUACAAACUGGCAAUAAGGCAGUGUUUAAAACAAUAGUGCCCUGCACUUGUAAAAGUGUAGAAAGAAACCCUCUUGCAUCAACCAGGCCUCUUCCACCUUGUCUUAUUGUCAUGUUUUAAGUUCAAGAGCCAGAGCACGGGGCUACGGCUGGGUGGAUCUGGAUUCCAGUCCACAUUUGGCCAAUCACAAACAUACCUGACAGUAUUGCCCUGAAGAAUAAAUAGUGUGCCUCUGGGAUAAGACUCUUCUUGCAAGAAAUGUUUAAUGGGUUGUUAAUUAUGGAAAUCUCUGGACUUUGCUGUUAUGUGGUAGAUCUUGGAUUGAUUGUGUCUCCAGUAAUUUUUUUUUUGUUGAUGGGGGAAUACCAAAACCAUACUUUUGACUUGUUGUUUUUUUUUGAGGAGAAAAUGUACAACCAUCACAUUUAGAGGGUAAUGUUAGGCAGAGGCAUCAUCCCUGGUCAUGCUCAGCAGUGGCCUCCUGACUCACUCAGCCUACCCGGGAGUGGAAACAGGUAGGCUGGGCAUCAGGAGAAAAAGAAGUAAAGCAGGAAGGGAAAGGAGAAGAAGAAGGCUGACGGAGGGAGCUGACAAUCACCUUCCCACAGUCUGCGUGGACGAUUACCAAAGGCCCUGAUUGGGGUUGCUGAACAGAAUCAUAGAAGAGAGAAUAAAAGUUUUGUUGUUAGUGCCUGA